UUUUUUCGUAUGGGAGGCUUGUCUACGUGACUUGGACCUCGUCUCUGAGAGUCAACAUUCACAUAUAUAAAGAGAAACCGGGAAGGAAGUCUUCAAAGUGUCAUCUGACAUUUAAAGCAUCGGUCCAAGUUCUCUGUAGCCAGGUCUGCUGUCAUCUGUGAAGCAAUCAUGUCUGGAUUUGGAUUUUUUCAAAUUCUGAGAAAAAGAAAGGAACUCAUUCCUCUUAUUGGAUUUAUGGGAUUCGCAGCCGCCGGCGCCACUUCAGCUUCCAUCUAUUUUCUGGCUACCAAACCCGACGUGAUCGUUAACAAAACAGGUAACCCCGAACCUUGGGAAACAUUGGACCCAGCCAAACCUCAAAAGCUCUUAACCUUUAAUCAACAGUGGAAGCCAGUGGAAGAGGUCCAGAUUGUGAAAGGCCUGAUGAAGUAACCCGUGUGCCCGUCCACAUCGGCCAUCCCUGCCAGCACCCUGCCAAUCUAACGGAAUCAUUUCUGCACAAACUCGACUCAUUGAAGACCAGUGUGCGGAAAUGCUUCUGCUACAUUGGAAGGGUUUAAUCGCAAAUGGUCAGCCCAACUUAGGCGGGUCGCGUUAACUUGAAGGACUUUGACUUUUGAAGCAAGAGCCGCACAGUUAGCCCAGCGGAAGGCGGGCGAGGCCUACAAAGGUGUCUUGUGACUGUACAGUGUUGGUGUUGACCCCUAAUGUAUAUAUGAAUGUAAAAAGAAUAAAGUGCUAAAGAGACGA